GUUGUUCAUUUCGUUUGCUUUGCUUUUCUUCGAUAGUGAAUUCAGUUCCGUGUACAAUUGAGUCUUUGAUCUGUUCAUGUUACGUUUUUAUCCAUGUAAAAAGCGUUUCUCGUGCGUGUGACUGUAUACUACAGUAUUUAAUCGUGUUUGCUCUCAGUGUUGUUGCAAUAAAUGGCAUCUUCUGACGUUGUUUCUCUUCCCGCCUUGCACAAAGCAUGUCGUGACGGAGAUAGCACUACUCUAGGUGUUUUGAUAAACUCGAAUAUCGCGGACAGACUUGAGUUAUUUCAUCGUAUUUGUGAGUGUGAUUCAUACCUUGGUUGGACACCAGCACAUUGGGCAGCAUAUCAUGGGAAAGUAAGUUUUGUAUAUAAACAAACUGUCUUUAUUAUAAAAUGUACAUUUAUAAAAUAUAAACAUCGUGACCGUGAAAAUGGCGGGUGAUUCUGUAAUCUUUUAAACUUUACUCAGAGAACUUUACUAGUAUACUGAACUCAUCACACAUUUAUAGUAUACCAUAAUAUAUAACAAAAAAAAUAAAACUUACAAAAUAAAAAUGUAUUAAAUUUCUCUCAGUCUCACGAUACCCUGCUAGUAGUCCUUUCUAGCUGAGCUGAGGAGAAACCACUGCACAUAAUUGGGAAGAGACUAUAUCACUAUACAGAAGUCCGACUUCUUGGUUUUUCCUAUGAUUUUCCAAUGAUUUUGGUGUAACCGUAUUAAAAAUUUGUCAUCAAAAUGCUGACGCCAUGGGCACAGAAUAAGAAGGUAUAGCAGAAGCGUAACUCUAGUCGUUUCCCUUGUUGUUUUACGUCCACGAAAAUUUUAACUCGCUCACGCCAUCCUGGCUAGUACAACCGGAAGUUUUUAUCAGGUUUUGCUAGGUACAAAGUGCCGGUUGUACUAGCCAGGAUGGCGUGAUUGAUGACGAAUCGCUUGUAAAAACACAGACAAAUACUUGCUUGAGUUACGCUUCUGCUAUACCUUCCUAUUCUGUGCCAUGGGUAGCCAACUGGUGCGCGUUUGAGAGGCAUUCACCCCCUGAAAAUAUUUAAAAUGGCGGACGUCCAGGGGGGUAAUUCCUCUCAUAAGCGCACUGGCUAGGCCCAUAGCAUCAGCAUUUUGAUGAUGAAUCAUGGCAUGGUAGCAGUUACUUGAGUUGACCUUCUGUAUGUGUUUAUUCUGUGACCACUGUGAGCAAACAAACAAUUGUUUGAUGUAGCCGCCAUUCAGAUUCACAGAUGACUACAUUAAAUGAGAAACUGGUAAAACCAGUUUGACAAGUUUUUGUUAUACUUAUACACUAGAGUUCAAUAGAAUAAACUUCAAUAGAAUAACUAUAAAUUCCACACUGGAACAAAAAUCAACCUUGUAGAGAAAUAUGUUUUGUAGCGGUUGAGGUUGCGAUGAUUAAAAAUUACAAUAAUUGUCAAAAUCAGCAGUACAGGUGUAUGUACCACAGAAUACCACACAAAUUUACAUGUUCCAUAUCUUUUGUCAAAUGCUAGCCUGUGUGCAGGCCCACCGAGGGAAGAAUAGUGGGCCUGCAGCAAGGAAGACCUGGUAUUUUGCAAAAUGCCCCCUUUUCAUAACAUGCCCCAUUCGUGCAUCAAUUGUCAAAAAAGAACCAAUGACAGUAACCCUACUUGUUCAGAAUAGAAACAAUGUGUAAAUGGCUGCGUUUUAACUAAAAAAAAUUGCCAAAUUUGCAAAGUCUCACUUUCAACUAAAAUCGGAACAGGCAAAUUAGGACGAAUUUCAACAGAAAACCAGUCUCAAACUUCAAAUCAUGAGGGAAGUCGUGCAACCACAUUAGCAUUAAUGUGUGCUUCUGUCGCCAUUAAAUUUUUAUAAAUAAAUUGUCUCACUUAUCAGAUCGUGUGUGCAAUUCAUGUUGGCGGUGGAAAGUACAAAGUAACUUUAUUUCAGUUAUUUCAUUUGGUAAAAAACUUGACAAAAGAAGAGAGCAUUCAGAGUCCAGAUUGUUUUGUUUCAAACGGCAAUUAGCGUCUUCUGUUUCGCUCUCUGUCUCAGCGAAGCCCUGCAAAUCGCAAAGUGUUUCGAAUAGGUUUACAUGCAACUGCCUCUAAAUCUUCACCGCGAAAAGCGCUGUUUUCUUCAGUGCAAGAACAGAGUCAACAUCAACCAAAAGAUAAUUUUCUUGAGGAACAAUUGUCUUUUUGAAAUUAAUGAAACUCAAGUAAAGGUUACUAUAGUUUACCCCAGUGGUAAUGUUGCUAUUCCAACACUUCACCACAGGCAAUCCCUGUUGGCAUAAUGGCAAAAACAUCUUUUCCUUCAAGUAAACAAUAAACAGUCUGUUCUUGUUCCAUUUUUAAUCGAAAAAAGUGAUCAGGUCCAAUUUUAAAGGUGAUCUACAGUCCGAUCUGCACAUGUGCACAAAGGAGCCCACUUUUUAUGAUACAAACAGUUUAACUAUGUUUUGGGUUCUUGCAAAGCCUGAUUGUUGUUUCUUGAUCAUUUAUUAUACUCUAGAAGCUUGAAAAUAUAAAUAGUUGACGAAUAAAGCUCAAUAUUUUGGACGCAAAAAUGUAAACAAAGGCUUUGUUUACAUACGGACUGUAGAUCACCUUUAAGCUUAUCGAGAGCCUUUCUGAUGAAUCACUGAUCUAAUUAUAGAAUCCAGCAGCAAACAGCCAAUCAGAAUGCUGCAUUCAUGGACGAACACAGAAAGUACAAAAUACCAGGUCUUCCUUGCAGGCCCACUAUUCUUCCCUGGGCCUGCAUGCGGGCUAGUCAAAUGCAUAUAACAUAGCCUGUUAAAUAUUUUUUAGUAUAGUUUUUCGUUAUCUUUUUCUUCCUGUGGGCUCUUGGGGUUAGAUUUGGCAGAUUCUAUUAUUUUUUAAAUCGGACAUUCUGUGGAUAAAAUCCUAAUGUACCACAGAAUACCAGUGCGCCAAUAAAUAAGGAACGGUUUAUCAAAUUGUAUGAGGAAAUGGUGUGUCAUGUUGUGUGCAUAUUGAUUGGAUGAAUACAAAACUUGAAAAAAAUAUAACAGAAAUUCAAAUCCACAAUUUGUUGCGUGAGGCACUGAUUUCAAAAUAUUUUAGUAUACUGGCAACAACGAUAUUAAAACCAAUAUAUAAAUUGUGAACUUCAUGUAGAAUAAAAAGUCGUUUGAUUUAAACUGACAGACAACAAAGAAAACACUGCUAUCGCGAGGCGGUUAGCUCAGCAAGUUGCUCUCGUGUGCGUAUAGUUUUCUUGAGGAUUUGACCUCUCGAGGCCUUGAGGAAAAUAUCUUUCGUGUUUGAUAUUUUUCGCCUCGCGAGGAAAAAAUCUCAGCGUGUGCGGAUGUUGUGAGCUAAGUGCUGAGCUGUUUGAAUCAAUUAGCCAAUGACAAACCAUGGUUUCUUCAUGUGACUUGGAACAAAAUGGAGGAAAAUGCAAAUGAUUUUGUCAUUUAUGUUGUUGUUGAGUAGUUUUCCCAACGUGUGCGGUGAAAAUACAUGGCUGAGCUAGCUGCCACACGAGGCGGUUAGCUCAACAAGUUGCUCCCGUGUGCGGCGGGCUUAUGACAUGCUUGUUCACAGAUAACAAACUACGGGAAAUAAAGUCAACUGUGCCGUCACGUCGCAUUGGUCCCAUCACACGAUCUUCGCGCAUACUCGAUAGAUGAUUGUUCGUUUGCUCGCAGUGGUUACUCUUCAGCUCAGCUAGAAACCACUGCUAGCAGUGUACGCUGUCUUUCAACUCAUUGCUCUUUCUUAAAAAUGUCAAUCUUGUUAAAAUUAGAUUGUUUGUUUCUAAAGUCCCUGCCCCUUAUCACGCCACCUAGUGUGGCCUACUAAAGUUCCGGUUUACUACUCCCCUAAAAAUUUAGUCUUAAUAUUUAUAACGUCAACUCAAUUGUUCCCUGUUUAGUCUGCAUCCUCGUUUUCUGCCAGCUCGCCUAUUUUCUUUCUCGCUUCAAUUGCUGCUCCCCGUUUCUCUCUUUCCUUUUCAACCGUCUCCUCUUUCUUCAAGCUCUUUCUUUCUUUGUUCUAUUUGCGUUGUGAUUCGACUUUCGAAUGGACACACCAACUGUAACAGUCGUUCGAUAGUGUCACUGCCCCUUGUGUAAAAGCAUCACACCACCGUCACCACGUACCACUCCGUCCUUUCCUUUGACUUGUCGCACUUCCCUUCUUCCAUUUGCUCCUGUUCUUUUCUUCUCCCACGACUAAAACUUCAGGCGCGUUAACUGGUUUUCUAUUUACUCGUUGGCUUUCCAUUAAGCUGUGUACGUAUUCUUGUUGCCAUCUUUUCCAAACGUUGUUGUUUGCCUUGGCGAUUCUUUUUUCAUCUUCGUAAGCUCAUCUGUGUCAUCUAUGUCAUCAAGAAGAUAAGUGUUUUUCCCUCGGAUGAGAACAUUUGGCGUUAGUACUUCUUCCUCCCCACUUUCGCUUACUACAUAGGUUAACGGAUGAUUGUUCUUAUUAAUUUCAAUGCUCAUGAGAACCAUUUCCAAAUUCUUGAAUGAAAGAUACGAUCUUCCAAGGGUCUUGUAAAGGGUCUUCUUUCAGGGUUCGUAGCAGUCUUUGAAAUCCUUAAAAGUCUUUAAAUUUGAAUGCAGGUCUUUAAGGUCUUUGAAAAGUCUUUGAAUUGUGUGAACAAGCGAAGAAAGUCUUUAAAAAUCUUUAAAUUCUUUAGUGAGUAUUUGAUUAUACGAUUUCCUAGCUAAUAAAAUAGAUUGAUUGAAGCAAGAUUUCCGCAAAUAUCGAUGAAAAGGCGCAUUUUAGGAUGUGAUUUGACGGGGCUAAUUAAUGCUCUCAAAGUCUUUGAAAAUAGGCAGCAAAAAUCUUUGAAAGUCUUUGAAUUUUUUUGGUCUUGGAGACUACGAACACUGUCUUUACUUCCCGAAUCAAUCUUUCAUAGGUACCUCCCCACCAAGAGGAUUUAGCGAGGUUGAAUCUCCAGUGUAUACCUUGUGCUGCUAGGAAGUCGUGCAAUUUCUCAGUCUUUCUAAUGGCGUUGAUUAGUUUGGCUGUCGUUUUAAAUGUUGCUGCGUUGUCCAAUAUCAUUAAUCGAGGUCUUCCUCUUCGAGCGGUGAAUGAGUUGAGCUUUCGUUGGAAUUCCUGUGCUUCUUGGCCCUUGGUUACUUCCAUGAGGUGGAUCGCUCAGGAUGCUGCACACAUGAAGAUUAAUACAUAGCACUUUCCCUCUUCUCUCUAACUGAUUUUGUAUCUUAACGGCCCGGCAAAAUUGACACCGGUGACUUCGAAUGGUUUGCUAGCUUCUGUUCUAAUGCUGGGCAUGUUGCUCGUCAUUGGUGACCCAUAUGGCUUCGUGGAAUACAACUUCCAGAUAUUGCAAUUGUUUAUUAUUUUUUUCACCUUUGAUCUAAGUUGUGGUAUCCAAAACUAUUCUCUCAAAGUAGCCAUGGUAUGUGCGACACCGAAAUGCUUGAUCUUGCUGUGAGUGUGAGCUAUUAAUUAGCUUUUUUACGAACAGUCCUCCGUCAAGGUAUAUUCAUUGGCUUGUGUCCAUUUACUCUUCCUUUACGUUUGAGAACUUUCGUCACUUUGUCUUCGACGAUUCUCCAACCUGGUGCUUGUAAUUCAGGGUUGAAACCAGGGUUGUACUCUUCUCACUCAAGCAUUUCUUGCGACUGUAAUUUCUUCAUUUUUUCUGUGUUGGUGUAAUGUACUCAGGUGAAUAUAUAUGAUGCUUGUGAUGUUACUCUGAGUGUAUAUCCACACCGUCCGGGCAAGCUUGAAAAAUAAACCUUUUGGUUUCUUUUGGGCUACCUUGCCUUCAUUCAUAUUUUAUUAAUUCUAUGUAACUAUUUUUUUUGUCAUUGGCGAAUAAAUUGAUUUGAUUUGAUUUUAGUUAAAUCGCGCAAUCACGCGACCUACUUAUCUGUUAGCAGAUAACUGAGUUAUCUGCAAAUGAGCCUGCGAUGAUUAGCAAGCAGUAUCUAUUUACACAAUAUGUAUAAUAAAACAAUUAUUGAAUUCGGUUUUUGCGAUAUGCAAAAUUAUCAAGGCCUCGGUAAGCGUUAUCAGCCUCGCCUUCGGCUCGGCUGAUAACGCUUACCUCAACCUUGAUAAUUUUGCAUAUCGCAAAAACUGAAUUCAAUAAUUGUUAAGUAUAUUGAUAUACCACAACAGCCUAAAAUUAUGUUUUCAGAUCGAAAUACCUUGCAUGUGGAUAUGGUAAUUAAACUGUAAAGUACUUUACCAACAUUGCAGGUUGAAUGUUUGCGUCAGUUGUUAAAUUGUGGUUUAAAUGUGGAUGUUGGUGAAUGUCGUUAUAGAAGAACACCAGCUCAUGUUGCUGCAUUUGCUGGUCAUCCUCACAUGUUGCUAUGGCUACUGCAAGCUGGUGCUGAUACAAGCAAGCAGGUAGUCAGCAUACGUUUUAUACUACAUGUAACGAGGCAAGAGCUCAAAGAUGCUUCAUCUUAUUUUUAUCAGCCCUUUCCCAAAUAGGUUUCCUAUAGAAAAUCUUGUAGGAAUUCCUAUAAGAAAUUUGCUAUUCCUACAGGAUCCUACAGUACAUAGGAAUUCCUGUUAGAUCUUAUAGGAUGCACAUCUCUGUCGCUGUAGAAUUUGAAAAAUGCCAUUAACUAGGUUCAAGGACUUCAUGAAAAGCUUUGUAAGACCGGAAUAUAAGUUUGUUAGUCAAUACUAAUAACAUAUUUAUAAUAACUUGUUACAUUUUGGCAUAAAUUAACCAUUAAGCACCAGCGCUCUCCCCUUGACGAGCAAAAUUGUCUGGCAUUAGUGAAGAGUAAAAUAAUAAAGUAGGGCGCAUCAAGGCACAAUGCGACUUAAUGGGUUAACUAGACACAUUAGCAGAUGGGCGAGUUAACCUAUUAAUUAAGCACCACCACUCUCCCAUUGACAAGUAAAAUUGUCUGGCGUUAGACAGAAUAAAAUUAUAAAGUGGGGCGCAUCAAGGCGCAAUGCGACUCAAUGCAUGGGUUGAUGAACUAGAGCGAGUUACUUUUAUGACAAACUUUUCUGUUACAUUGUCAUGCUUAAUUUGUCCAAGGUUUAUGCAUCUUUAUUUGUUAUUUAACUUAGGAUGAUAAUGGUGACACUGUUGUCCACCAUGCUGCUCGUAGUGGAAGUAAUGACUGCCUGGAAAUAUUACAUUCAAAUAAUGCGUACAUGUGGUAUGAUUUCCUUACUUUAUAAUAUACAAUUUUUGAUUUACUGUAGUGAUGUAGGAUUCGUAUCAUAAAGUUUCUGAUUUUGAAUGUCUUUUAAUAGCUAUUGUUUUUGUAAGUCGCUUGCAAUUAUUUAAUUACAACACAACAAAUGUUAGUCACUGGUAAACUUUCAUCGAAGUGUAUGCACCCUUUUCGGUGAUCCAGGUAAUUGGCAUGUAUUUUUUGUGAGGAUUUUGUCCAACAUGUAGCAAAUACAGGAGGUCAAAAAUAAACGAUGUACAGCGAUUGUUACUAAUUUGAAUAAGGAUGACAUGAAAAGUUUCUAUUUACAACUAGAAAAAUGAUUAAAUUUGUUGUUUGUUUUCAAAUGUUGAAAAAAUUAGCGGGUACCCAAAUUGUACCAGCAAGUUCUCACUGGAAGGUUUUCUGUCAAUCACUUCAGACUACUCUCAAACUGUACAUAAACACACUCAUAAAGUGGUAUUUAAGUGGAACAAAAUAACUCCAUCUGUAAACAUACCAUACUGUAUGUAAAAACCGGAAAACAGCCUUGAAGUCACAGCUACAUUUACAGGGUAAAAAAAUUUACACUAUGUAUCGGUAGUUUUUCAAAAAAAAAUUAUCAAGUGAUUAAUUAAAGUAUCUGAAAAUUCAAAAUUGUAAGAAAAGAUUUCAAGUCAAGUCCCUGAUGUUCCAUUUUUCUUUGAGGGUUCAGCUUGAUGAACACAAGGUUAUUUCACUGUUUGAAUUAAACCUUCGAAGAACAAACUAACUCCAAGACCCCAACAUUUGAGUAACGAGUAAUCCAUUUGAACUUCUGUUGUGGUAAUGAACAGGGAGUGAUAAUAAAUUAAUGGAGAUAUGUGCACAUAAUUGAACAUUUUAUUACCGGUAUUCAUGUUCACCAUCCUCAGGGUGAAUAAGAAACACCACCUAAAACAACCAAUAGUUGUCCAAAAUAUAGUGACCAAGAAUUGAGAAUAUAAAAUCACAUUUACUAACAUUUUCCUAGCGUGCAUGUGCCCUGCUUACAUCUUGAUCUCGGGCCACAAAAAAAUUAAAAUGAAGACAUAAUUAAAAGCCCCUUCUUUCCGUCGGCGCUCAGCAGCCUUUUGUUUAUUGAGCUGGACCCUGUCCAAAAAAGUCCACGUCUCAUGGAAAUGAUUAGCAAUAAUCCAAUUAUGUUUAUUUCAAUUUUUAUGUCAUUCUCAUUCUGUUGGUGUCAUACUGUCACCAUUUUAUAGCCAUAACCAGUUGUGAGAUGAUUUUCGAUUUGAGAAUAUGAUCAAUUUGGUUGUUAACUUUUCAACUUAAUAUAAUACCAAAUUUGUUUUGAGCAAAAUAUUUCUAAAGUUAUUUGACAAAAGUACUAGCUUUUUGUUUUGUAAUUAAGUUAUUGUAUUUCAUUUCUACGGCUGCAGUUGAUUCGUUGAAGGCCUAAUAUCGGCGUAUCACCAUUUUUGAAUGUGUGUUUAAUUAUGUUUAUGCAUCGUUACUACAUGUUGUAUCGUUUUAUUUUGUUCUGAAAAUAAAAGGAAGAAUAAUGGUUAGUGGUAUGCUUGAAUAGAAAUUACAUAUUAAAUUGAAUUAAAAAGAAUAUAAUUUCAAACUAUUUUACAGUGCAUGGUUUGUCGUUGCAACAAAAAAUUCUAUGUGGUGGUUUGGUAGAAAGAAAUUAAAACUUAGAAUACCACUUCCCAAAUUAUUCCUUACAUUUUCUGUUUUUAUUUUGUUUUAUUCUUUAUAUAUACAGUAUCUGGUGUUGUUGUUUUUUGUUCAUAUAUUAUAAAUAUAAACUGUUAUAAUAUACAGGAUCAUUUUGUUUGUGAAAAUUGCGGUGAAUUAGCUGGUUUGGUGUGACUUGCAGACUUACAACUUGUAUUAGAGAAUGGGAAUUCAAGGCAAUUCGAUGGAAUGAAGGUAGUCAGUAAUAAGACUCAGUUAGAGUCUUUGUGUUUAUGAUCAUGUUUGGACAACUACCAUGUUCUAACUUCCUAUUCAAUGAUCAUACAUGUUAUAUUGGCAUAUUUCAUGAUAACUGUAUGCCUGUUUGUUAAUCUAUAUACAGUACCUAUAUAUGGACUUGGAAUUUCAAUAAUUUAACAUGCUAAUUUAUACAGUAUUUUCCAUACAUAAUCUUUUAAUUUAAUGCCAUGACUGAUCUGUGAUCAGUGCAGGCAAAUGAAGUUGUCGUGCUGUACGAUGUAUUAUCGCAGUUAUGUUGCUUUUAUAUAUUAUACUCAAGGCCAAUGCUUAAUCAAAUAUAAAUAUAUGAUUUAUAGCACAGAUAUUUCUGUCUCGAAGUGUAACUUGCAUAUGGUUUCACUAUAUGGUUUUUUCCUGAGUCAACACUUGCUGAAUUGCAUGCAUGGUUGAUAGUUAAUUUUACGUGACUGCACGGAUCAGGCUUUACAAGUUCCUAUAAUUUUAUGUAUUUAAGUGUAUAUAUAGCUGUAAUUUUAUUUCUAAGUUCAGUAAGUUUUCUUUGUUUGGAUCUCUCCAAGGUUUUAUUUGUGUAAUAGAACGUAUAUAUAUAUAUAUAUGUAAUAUAUGUAAUGAUAAGUAUGCAUGCAUGAUAAGUCUCGGACUAAGUUGGACUGUUGGACGAUAUACGUGUCAUACGGUGGUAUCGGUACGAGGUAUCUGAUUGGUUACAGGAAUUGUCUGCAGUGUUCACUGAUCCAUAAGAAUUAUAUUUUACUUUACAUCUUCAUUAUCUUGGCACAAUAUUAAGCACUCAAUUAUUUCAAUCAAUUUAUUUCAAUCAAGUUAUUUCAAUGACAUUGGUUUGUUAGCCAAUACUUGCACGUUUCACUAGCCAAUCAGAUACGUUGUUCCUGUAUAUAUUGCACCUGGAGAACGAGGUAAGUAUAUAGAUUAAGCUGUAACAAACUACGGGCCAAGCGCAGAAAUUGUAUAUAUUGCUUCAUUUAAGUACAUGCAGCUGCGGUAUAAUGGUUUAGAUAUUUGUGCAUCGGUGUUUACAGUUCGUGUAUCACUUUCUAACAACUUGAAGUUUUAGACCAAGUAAACAACGUGCAACAAAAGUGCUCACCACCAAGGUUGACCACCAAGAGAGAAAAACAAAAAAAAAACGCGAGAUAACUUAUACCAUUAAUGACCCACGGGUCAUUAUUGAGUGUCUUAUUUACGUUUUAACUAUAUUUAAGGUUACAGCAGGACACCCUUUUUGGCGUUUUGUGGAAAAUCGCUACUGCGCGCUCUCGAUUUUAAUCAAAUUUUCACCAAAUGUUAGCCAGUGCAUGCAAAAUAUGAUAAAGUUGUAAAAUUGACAAACAAUAAAAUAAUGUAAGAAUUAUUCAGGAAAAUCUUAAGGUGGCUCGAUACAGUUUUCAAAAAUUCAGGUGUUUAAUAGUUUGACAUGUUCAAACUACGCAUUUUUAGGAUUUAUUCAAAAGAUAUUGGUGUUUUUUAUAUAUUUUGAUAACUCUACUUUCAAAUUAUAUUAGUUUUAGUAACAGAUAGCUCGUUGCUAUGACGACAUACGUGUACGAAAUUCACUCCAAAAUGGCCUAUCGUUUCGUAUAGUUGGAAAAAAAGCAUGGUGACCCCCAAUUUUUUUUCUUGCAUUGUUUUACUUGGACGAAAAGCUAACAAUUAGCAAAAUAUAAAAAAAUUCUGUAAUGCCAUUUUUUGGAAAAUGCGAAAAUGUCAUAUUGUUCGGUAAAAUUUUUUUGGCAUUACAGAAUUUUUUUAUUUUUUGUAUAAUGAAAGUUUUUAGCGGUGCAAUACAGCAUGCAAAAUUUGAACAUAGGUCACCAGGCAAAAUAAAGAGAUAUAGCGCAUUGUUUUUCUAAAAUGGAAAAUUCUAAUGACGUCAGCAAUCGACACAAAACGCUAUACAACACGCACAAUGACGUGAGAUGGCGCGAGCAACUGCUCACGUCAGGUCAUUUUGGAAGUUUUUUCAUUUUGUUAAUCAGUUUGCACGACCUGCGCGUAAAAAUGGUCGCCCAGUUUUGUUCGCGAUUCUUGAGCAGGGUUUUUGUGAUAACUAUAUCGAGCCACCUUAAGUCGCGGUACCUUUACGCUAAUUUGAGUUAUGUUCCUGCUGGUUUUAAGAUAUAUUUAUGAAAAUAUCAUUUUUAUACAGUAAAUAAAAAUACAGUAAUCGUGUUCGGACAUUUUUGUUUAUUUCUUCAUUCCGCUGAUAUGGCGAUUUCUUUGACGACUGCAAUAUAUUUCUGAAUCGUUUGUGUGAAUUGCUCCUUAUUAUUAAAAUAUCCAAAAUUUAAAAAAAGCCGAACACAAUUUUGAAACUGACGUCUUUAGCUAUGUCCUGUGAAAAUUUGAGAAAAAUUCGUUAAAACCCGCAGGAGCACAACUCGUUUAAAAAUCAGUAAUUGCCGUAAAAUUCUUCGGGAGAAAAUUGAAUUUGAAUAUUACAUUUUCAAUGUUUUUCUUAUUGCAAGCGAAAUGUAUUUUAUUAAAUAACUCUAAAAUAACUCAACAUUUUUCGUCCAAACUUGGUCAGAUAGUAGAACUAGUCUAAUGCUUUCAUGGAAACCAAUAAAAAAAUUUUAGGCAAAAUUAACACUCAAAGGUGUUCUGUAACCUUAAUAAUAUCAUGUCAAGCACUUUUUUGUGUUCAAAACUAUAUCAUUACUGCUUUAUUUCAAUUGACUUAUAAAUUACUUGAACCGCGUGACUUGAAUGGUAAAAUACUUCCCAAGUUCCAUCACCCAACUUCUGUCAAAACAUCGACUCCAAAACGUACAAACGGCAAGUGAUAUAUGAACUGUAAACAUUAAUGCCGGCCCCUAUGUCUUACGACAUUCUAAUAUCAUUCCCCCCCCCCCCAAAAAAAAAAAUCCCCAAAUCCAUAUAUACACUGUAUAGCUACAGUAUUUUCCCCAAACCAGUCUACCUAUACCUUUCCCCAUACCAAUCAUGCACCGCGAGCUCGAGAGAGACGUAGCUGCAGAGGAGGCUUUGGAAAGUUUGAACCAAUGUUUGCAACGUGAACAUCUUCAAUCGUGAAAUCCGUCCAUAAUGCUAGGCAUGCAUGCUAGACAGUCGCGGCAAUUGCAAAACAUGCGUUCAGUUCACAAACAAUCAAUGGCCGAUUUUCCUCAGUUUUCAUCUGUUCUAUAGAUGCAUGCACUUUAACGUGGCUUCUUAUGCAGUUUUUUUAAUAAGAAAUUCACGACUAAGAUCUGAAUUUUUGAACAACUAUAUUUGCAAUAUUUUUUUGACAUGAGCGAAUAUUUUGGGUUUAAAUUAGAUAUUUCAGUAAUUUGAAAAGAAUUUCAACGCUCCAAUUAUUUCAUACCAUGAUUUGUUUUGUCUAAAAUAAUUGAAUAUAACAAAUAAAUUGUACAACGGGCCAAAACAUCCGAUUGAAAUCGUGAAUUUCAUUAUUAAAAUGAAAGUGUUGGGAGCCACGAUAAGCUUGAUACUUUUUCCGUCAUUUCAACAGCACAUGCACCGGUGGCCUUACUGUCCUGUAUGCAGGUUGUGUAGGUUGUAAAUAUUGUCCUGCAUGCAGGUAGUGCAUCUAAAGACUGACGCGCCUUCAUAUACGAGAGACACUAAAUACCUAUGGAACUGCACAUUACUUUGGUUGGGCGGGUUGGGGUAAAACGAGGAUGCGGACAGUAGGAUGGACAAACGGUCGGAUUUGCGCGCUAAAUGAAUAAAACGUGACUGUGUAAGCCUAUAAUAGUUUUCGUUACAAUUUUAAAAUGUGUAAGCAAAUAAAGUUUUGAGAUAAUAUGUACUCUCGCUACGAAGUCGCGUACAAUGACAAUUUAUUAAUUAAACAGUUUUUCCCAUUUUUGAGACUAUCCCUGCUCCCCCGUUUGUCCGUUGGUCCGUAUCCAAGUUUAAUCCGACCUAAUACCCCCCUUCCAGAAAGUACGUCGCCCUGACAAAAGAGCCUCGUUUUCGUGAUUGAGACGUUGACACGAAAACGAGGCUCUACAGACAAAGUCGCGUACUUUCGUACGUUACAAGGGACUAGAUUACUGAAUAAAUCUUUAAUUUCUGUUGUCUCCUUUGAGCUAGCUUUUAGAAAUACUUUGUUGUGGUCAUGGGUAACUUAGGAACCCACUUCCCCUUUCAUUUCCAAUGUUAAAAGAGCAAGUUCUUUGAUGAAAGAAUCAUUGCUACUGCUCAAGUUUACGACUGCCUUUACGUUUUGAAAACAUUCAGUUUAACUGCUGUCUGUGGGAUUGAAGUGCCUUGUGGAUGGUAAAUUUGAGAAAGUAUACAAUUUCUGCGGUGGCAAGUUGGUAGAGAACAGCACUUUCUUUAUUUGCGAAUACUCGUGCUAUGUAAAAGUGUAAAAGUAUUUGAUCAGACAUAGUGCUACAGUGCGGUGCCUGGAACAUGCGCAAAACAAGUGCACCACAAGCGCGAAGAAUAUAAACCGGGAUCACCGCAAUCUUUCACUCGAAUUUACCAUCAUUUACGAAAACACUUGAACUCCAUGCAUACAACUGUUCAACAGAAUGUCUUCAAUCUCUUGGUUAAUAAAGUUUGUUUUCUUGUCUAUAUAUGAGAGCGCCACUAGUACCGUAAAUCUUCUUUUAACCUUUGGACUAUUUUUGGCUGGGCUGGGGAGGGGAGGGCUUGUUGAUUAAGCCGGCUAGGCCAAUUAUAUUGAUUUAUGGUUAUUUCGUGAGAGGGGGGACUUGAUAUAUUGAGAGGGGGUGUAAUAAACCUCCAAAAACCGGAGGUGGGACGUUAUUUAAGUGAGGGGUUUAAUGGAGGAUUUACGGUGGGUUUACGGUGGGAAUGUACAAAUGACAACUCAAUCCAAACAACCGAAAAUUCUUUCCAAGGACUUUCCUCUACGAGACAAAUCUAUUAUUUAGCUAUUUCUAUAAAUAUUCCAACAAAGCAGGGCAUUGAUAUAAAGACUAAUUGACAAUGUGGACACGAAUGCGGUUUGAACUCAAUAUAAACAACCAAUUCAAUUAUUUAAACUUACCUUUUAUUUAAACUAAAACUCAGAACGACAGAAACUCGAUCUCUAAACGCGAAAAGCAUAAUGGCCUUGUAUAAUAGAUAUGUCUGAUUGUGGAUGGGGACACCGAAGUUGUACUUGCAAAAUUUCACAUCAAAAAUUCAAAAUCUAUUUCUAAAAAGGUCCUUCGAAACUUUCACAAACCUUAGAAAACACAAUGAGAACACACGGUGUUUGUCGUAUUUAAUCAGAAAGACUUACCUCUCAUUAUGCGCGUAUGCAUACAGCCAAGAUUUACGAUGGAAAGCGUUUCCAUUCUGCUUAAAAAUUCCAUUGUUUUUCGCACUUGGAGAACGAUGUCUGACAAUUUUGAGUUCUGACCUCACCAGGGCUCGAAAUAGCGGGCUGCCAAUGGCCAAAAGCAGGCCAUACCUUAGAAAUGGCAGGCAAUUUUGAACUGCCAAGUAAAAAAAAAAUGGCAGGUGAAAUUUUAUAGUUAUAUUUCAUUAAUUUGCUUGCCACAACUCAAUAUAUACUAGAUCAUUUAGUUGACUAAAUAAGUUUAUACUUGAAAUGUAACUCCACGUUUACUGUAGUAAAAUAGACAAGUUUAAAAAUAAUAAAAAUGCAUAUCAUGAAAACAUUGACUUUUACAAUAUGACUCAUAUGAGACAUCGCCAUUUUGGCAGUUCAAUGAAUAAAAAUGGCAGGCUAAAAUUUAUUUCACCUGCCAAAAAACUUUAGACUGGCGGACCAUAUUUUUUCUCUACUUCGAGCCCUGGACUUCACAUUGUUUAACAUACUUAACCUUCUUAUAAAUUUGCAUCAUGAGUAGUACCAUCUUCUUCAAUGCACCGGAAUGUACAUGAACUGUUUACUAAUUUCUCUUGCUAUUUUUAUAGUUUGAUGAACAAAGAAGGGCAAUCUCCAUUGAAUGUCGCUUCUAUGUGUGGUUUUGAACACAGCGUGCACUACCUCGCGCAAUUCCAGUGCCAACAUUUUUAUUCUGCAGGUAUGGUUAAUAUCUUAUUCUGCAGGUAUGCAUGGUUAAUAUUAAUACAAUUAAUUAACUGCUCCCGAGGGAAGUAUGAAGUCGAGGGAAACUUGAGAUUCAAGGGAAAACGAAAUAGACGACAGGGAAGUGUUUUGUUAUAUAGCGACGAAGAAGAAAAAUAAAAAAACCGUGAGCACAACAAUUAUAUUUCAUAUUUAUUUUUAAUACAAAUGAUGUUAACAAUAAAAGAACGUGCUAAAAAGUGUUUCGGCAGCAUUCCCUUUUGCCUGUUGUGCGUUUCUCUUCUCUGUUAGAUAUACUGUAUUCGUUUCGCAAAUUGAAUGAGAAACGUUCUUUCUAAUGGCUCUAUUUUGAGCAUUUAUAUACGUAUCCUGUCGGAGCCGGCAACAGUUUUUCACUUGUUGCCCGUCGGGAUACGUUCUAUCUAAAUUCACGUGACCACAAAUUAGCCAAUCACGUUUAGUUUAACUAUAUAAAUAUCUGUAUCACUAAAAUCAGAGACUUAUCUGCUACUUGUGGUUUGCAGGUGGUCAGAAACUGAAGAGAAGUCUUGAUGAGGAUGAAAUAAACAGAGAAGUGAAAAGAAUAUGCAAUGGUAUGUUUGCCCAGGGUGUUAGCCAGCAUUUCAAAAGUGGCCGUCCAAAAUAAUUUUGUGGGCGUGGUCACAUUUUUUGGGCGUGGCCGCAAUUUUUGUUGUUGUGGAAUUGUGGUGUUCUAUUCGUAGAACCUUUUUACUUUUAUAUGCACAUUUCCGUCAUUAAAUUAGUAAAAGCACACGUAUGGUAUGAACCAUAUGAUCACUACGAUGUACAGUAUAUGCUAUAAUGAAGAACGCAAUACAGCAGCUAGUGUAGUGCUUAGUUAUUUUUUUAUCAAUCGCCGAUAUUUUCCCCCUUUUUUAUGCGUUUGGCUUAUUUUAUAGCCAUCGUUAGUAUUUUCUCUUUACCGUAACUGCAACUCUAAAGCAGGUGGCGCUCGAGCGGUAAAGCGACUGCUGGUUUUUAAAACAGCGGUUUCAAAUUGUUCUCCUUAAUACUUCAUGCGAGAAUCAUCAACAUGGUUACAAAAACAUGUCGCGUUUGCUUCAGUUCAGCCAUAUUCAACGUGUUUUCGACGGGAAAAAGUAUGAAAACAAAUACCAUAAGUAAAGUAAACAGCAGAUGACAACAAUUCGAAGUAUUCAAGAAAUAUUACAAAGCUUGUAAAUUGCUAUUUAAAGAAAAUAUUCCCUUAGGCCGUCCAUUAAAAUUUAGCCGUCCGAAUUCAGAAGUGGCCGUCCGUAGGACGGUCGGACGGCCGCCUGGCUAACACCCUGUGUUUGCCCUUCAUUUAUUGUUAAUGACUGAUCGAUCAUGCCAUAAUCUGAAAUUAACAAUUGUCCCAAGUCACAAUCGCCUUAAUCAAUGUAAAAACCAGUCGAAUGAUUGUGGCUUUGCGAGAGAGACUUCAAUAUUCUUCAGCUUGAUAAAUUGGCAGAUUCAAUUUUAGAGAGUUUUAUUAUUAUUAUAUUUAUAUUUAUCCAGGAUACCCACGUCACCGAAGUGUUUUUCAGUGGGGUCCUGCAUUAUAAAUUUCAACUUCAAUAUACAUAUACAUUACAAAAUAACUUGCAAAUCUACAAUAACAUGCGUUAACAUACUUAUACUAUAUAUAUCUACAAUAACAUGCGUUAACAUACUUAUACUAUAUAUAUAUAUAUAUAUAUAUAUAUAUAUAUAUAUAUAUAUAUAUAUAUAUAUAUAUAUAUAUAUAUAUAUAUAUAUAUAUAUAUAUAUAUAUAUAUAUAUAUAUAUAUAUAUAUAUAUAUAUAUAUAUAUAUAUAUACAUAUACAUAUAUAUAUACAUAUACAUAUACAUAUACAUAUACAUAUACAUAUACAUAUAUAUAUAUAUAUAUAUACAUAUACAUAACGUAAUGGAACUAAGACUAUGUUUACUAUGUAAUUCUCGCCUACACAGCGUUUUUUAAUAGAGUUUUAAACUUGUAUAACGAGUUAGCGUUUCUAAUGUCUGGUUCUAGGUUGUUAAAGUCUUUUGAUGCUUGGUAGCUUGGUCUUUGUUUUCCCUUGUUUGUGUUCGUCUUUGGGAGGUGGAGGUCGUUUUUUCUUCUUGUGUAAUAGGUGUGAAUGUCUUCGUUCUUCGUUAAUUCAAACUUAAAGUCAAUUAAAUCAUUUAAACAUUUAUAAAUAAAUAUACAUCUAUGGUUAUGUCUUCUAGUUUUAAGUGUUGUCCAUUUUAGUCGUCGUAGUGCUUCCGUUGCAGAAUAGCGUGAGCGUAAUAGAGUUAUUUUAAUUGCAAAAUAAUCAUGCAGUUCUAUACAGUCGGGAAAUACAUAACUUUUACCGGUAAAUACAGAAACUUUUACCGAUUCCGAUUGUCUACCGAUAACACAAUAAUCUGCCCGAUUUCGAAUUUUCCGUUAUCGGUCAUUCUUUAUUGUUUAUUGUACUGUAUGUAAUUUUCACAUGCAUGUCAUAUUUUGGAUUUUUUUAAAAUUAUGAAAUGGUUGUUUUUGUUCACAAUCCAGGAACUCAUUCAAUCCCAUGUCAAUGUUUUUAAACAAAAAAAAUAAAAAUUAAAAUUGUUGUACUGUAUGUUUCGCAUGGCAUCACUACCUAUAAAUGUUUCCGUCUCUGCAAUGUGGAAACACCUUGUUAUUUUGUCCAGAAUUUUAUUUGGUCAGACGAGGUUAACCGUCAGCAUAAUAGGUGUGUUAAGGUGCCUGGUAAUGAUCCAGCCAGGCUUACAGAAAUCUUUGUAAAAUGAACUCACUUUAUCUCAAUCACCGGAGAGCAGGUUACAAAUUAUCUAUAGCCUAGCAAAUAUUGUCCGUUCCAUUGUAUUUUGGUCCAUCUUUUGAUUUUCAACUUGUAGGUUCUUCACGGAAAAUACAACCCAAUGGAAUUGAUUAUCAUCACACGAAUGGAUUAUUAAAUGGCUACCCUCUCAAAGAUGAUAAACCUGCAAUGCAGAUGGAAUCGCAAAUGAAUGGAAACAUGGAUCAUGAUAUGGAGGUCUUGUGUGAGGAUGCAAAACCUAUGUCAGCGGUACAGUUCGAGAAACUUCCAACUAAACUGUCCGUACCACAAAGGUGUAUGGGAAGUCAUUUUAUGUAAAUAAUACGCAGUCGUCAAAAGGUUUUAAGAUCAAUAUCGCCAUUUUAUUCACACUUGUAGAAAUAUUGUAGAGAUAAAUGGAUGUUCAAAACACAUUUUUAAUAAUACAAAUGGUCUCACUGUGUAUUUUAUUUCUAUAUAAAUAAAUUUUCUCGUCAAAAGGAAGAUUGACCAUCUCAAAUCUUUUGUUGUAUUUCCUUUUCCAAAUGAAU